CUCACACACCUGCGCUGAGGGCCUCGCACCUGGAGCCGAGAGAAGGAGCGGCGCCGAGCGCUUUUACCGAGAGGCCGAGAAUCCGCGCUUUCCCCGCACGAGAACGAGCACUGACCUCUUGCGGACGCGCGCACGUGUACUGAGAGCGAGAGCGAGAGCGCGUUCCCCCGCGGGCGAGGACCGUUAUUUGGCGCGCGGCGCGGCUCACAUCAUCAUGCGGAGGCUCGCGCUCUGCGCGCUCUGCGCGCUGCUGGGGGUCGUUUCGGGACAGGGGGUGACAGGUACAACAGGAAAUGACUUCUCCGCAGUGACUUCAUAUAUGAACGAGACUUUGACCAACACCACUACGAUCCAUCCAAAUGACACAACGCAUCCAAAUAUAUCGGCAGAACCCGACUCUACUGUGACACCCAGUACCACGCCUCAGUCCACAAGCAACCACACAGGCACAUCUCCCUCAGGAAAUGAUUUUUCCUCCACCACACUAGCAAUGAACCAGACCACAGCAGCCCCAGAAUCAAAUAUUUCUAGCACUUUCCAUCCAGAUGACACAGGCACAAAAAAACCAACAACUGCUGCCAGCCCAGACACAAUAAAGUCUGACUCAACGAAUGCAGCAGAAAAUGUAACUUUCACCACAGUGCCAAGCAUCAACGAAAGUCUGGCCACUAACGAGCCCAACAUCUCCAGCACAACUGACCCAAACGACACAACCCCAACCCUACCAACCACUACCUUGACUAGCAACUCUAGCAACUCCAGCUCCACAGCACCAUACGAAAACGUAACUUUCACCACAGUGCCAAGCAUCAACGAAAGUCUGGCCACUGAAGGAUCCAACAUCUCCAGCACAACUGACCCAAACGACACAACCCCAACCCUACCAACCACUACCUUGACCAGCAACUCUAGCAACUCCAGCUCCACAACACCAUACGAAAAUGUAACUUUCACCACAGUGCCAAGCAUCAACGAAAGUCUGGCCACUAAUGAGCCCAACAUCUCCAGCACAACUGACCCAAACGACACAACCCCAACCCUACCAACCACUACCUUGACCAGCAACUCCAGCUCCACAACACCAUACGAAAACGUAACUUUCACCACAGUGUCAAGCAUCAACGAAAGUCUGGCCACUAACGAGCCCAACAUCUCCAGCACGACUCACCCAAACGACACAACCCCAACCCUACCAACUACUACCUUGACCAGCAACUCUAGCAACUCCAACUCCACAACACCACACGAAAAUGUAACUUUCACCACAGUGUCAAGCAUCAACGAAAGUCUGGCCACUAACGAGCCCAACAUCUCCAGCACAACUGACCCAAACGACACAACCCCAACCCUACCAACCACUACCUUGACCAGCAACUCCAACUCCACAACACCAUACGAAAACGUAACUUUCACCACAGUGCCAAGCAUCAACGAAAGUCUGGCCACUGAAGGAUCCAACAUCUCCAGCACAACUGACCCAAACGACACAACCCCAACCCUACCAACCACUACCUUGACCAGCAACUCUAGCAACUCCAGCUCCACAACACCUUCACCAGGUGGCACUCGUACGACGGCCAACGCGGGAAACGAAACUUUGACGACUGGGUCUGGAGCGAACCAGACCACGCCUGCCCCGGAAUCCAACACUUCCAGCACGGUCCAUCCAAACAGCACCGCAGAACCAAACAGUAACGGCACAGUUACCCCCACACAGCCUCCUCCAGACGCUAAUCGCACCACAGUCACGACAGGAAACACAACGUCUGUUACCGCACCGGCACUCAGCGAGACUGCAGCCACCCAGUCCAACGCCUCCGGCACCGUUCGUCCCAACACCACGAGCCAAACGGAACCCCAUUCCACUGUCAUCUCCACAACAGUGCCUACAGGGCUCUGCACGCCAAAGUCGUGUCCACCUGGAAGUUUCUGCGUGGAGCUCUACGCAAACUUCACCUGCCAGUGCCGCCCUGGGACCUUCUUUUCCGGGGGCAGCUGUGUACCAGUUAAGGUCUUUCCCGGAGCUCUUCGGCUCACAGCGUUGAAUUUUACUUCGGAGAUGACUAACACAGCAUCAAAAGUGUUUGCAGAGACCUCCGCAAUGAUCUCACAAACAUUGAGAAAUGCUCUUCGGAACCAGCCGGGAUAUUUGCGCUCCAUCGUCCUGCAGCUCACACGAGGAAGUGUUGUUGCAACUGUGGAGAAUUUAUUUGAGCGGAGCUCUGCCGUCACCGAGACCAUACUGAGCGACGCCAUAACUACAGCUAUAAACACGUGUGAGAACUGCGAGCUCCUGAAAGGCGCAAACUUCACCACGAAGGACCCGUGCAGCCUCAAUCCAAGUCCAUGUGACCUCAUGACAGCGCAGUGCUCCUUCAGUGAAGACGGCAUUGUGUCCUGCACAUGUAACCCCGAAUAUGUGCCCGACGAGUUCUCUUCCAUCAGCUGCACCGCUUGUCCCAGCGGCGAGAAAGCGCAGGACGGAAAGUGUGUUCCGUGCCCGUUUGGUUACGCUGGAUUCAACUGCAAUGACUCUGCCCUGCUGGCCGUAGUAGUCAUCUCCUGCGUGCUGGGAGGGUUACUGCUCAUCGCCACCAUUGCCCUGCUCGCCUGCUGCUGCUGCAGGACGCGGCAGAAGAACCAGGGCUACAGCAGUCCUUACGCCGCCAAUGAGCCCGUUGAGCCGCUGCCCAGGCGAACCGUGCCAAAGAUCCCGCGGGCCACUGCCAGCAGCCGCUGGGACCCGUCGGAGAUGGAAAUGAGGGAGAACGGGAACGCCCGGUUGACGCUGGCCAAGGAGCACCCGGGAAACGGCGCGGGAUUUUAUGAUAUCGGGGACGAUGAGCUGAAGACCUUCAGGAAUAAGAAUCCCAGCCGCUACUCCUACCUUGUUCAAGGCCGGGAGAAUCCCUAUUUUGUGCCCGAUGAAGGUGAAAAGUAGUCCCAUCAUGCGGACAAACGCGUAUGAUGGUACGAGCUCCUCAUUCGCACACAGUCGACCCGAAUGCCAAACGCGUCCAGCAUGUGAAGCUGCACCAGGCUUCGAAGGACAGAUUGCGCAGGGUCUCGUAUCAGCAAAUGGAUGUUGAAACACGGCCUCGUUGGGUAACGUUUCGAAUUUACCAAGUGGAGGAUCUUUGUAAAUAUUUUAAAAAUAUGACACAUUUUUAAUAAUGAGUGUUUGCUGCAGGAAUCCAGGGUCGCCUCUGUUUGGCAUUUUUAACUUGAUGUCCCGCGGUGCCCCCUCCCGCUCUCACACCCACCGGGAAUGGAUUUCCCUCUUGGGUUUUUUUUUUUUUUUUAAGCGUUUUUGCAUCAUUUCUAAGAGCACGUACAAAUUAAUGAAAUUUCACUGCAUUUGUUCAUUCAUUAUUGUUUUUUUCUUCUGAUUUCUAAUGAUUUCAUUGUUAAUUUGUGAUUGAAAGUAAUAAUUCUAUUAAUAUGAUGGCAAUUUUAGGCAGUAAAGCAACAGAACAGAAAAUGACAACUUACAUGGCUCUGUAAGAGCUCUACUGAAUAAUUGUUAUAUAGUAUAUAUUUUUAUUUAUGAAUGUAUAUUCAGUUUUUUUAUAUAUCCACAAAGCAAUAAACAGAUAUUUUUGGACAAAAUGGGCUGGAACCCAGUGAAAUGAAUAGAUUUUUUUUUUUUUUUUAGGAUUAAAUAAUUCAGGAAGUCUCUAUGAAAGUAUGUAUGUAUGUAUAUAUGUUCUGUCCUGUACAUUUCCACAGGGUCAAAUAAUGAGAAUGUUGUGUGUUUUUUGUGCGCCAAACUUUUUUUUUUUGUCCAUUUUAUUAACCACUUUGAACUUAAAGUGAAUAUAUGUAGUUGAAUCUUCAGGUUAAUAAAUUGGUCUCUUACUUAUCAGCUCUUUUUAUAAAAAAAUAAAUACUAAACACUUCUCAGAACAGUUUAAAUGGAUGAAAGGUUUCUUAGUUCAUAAGCCGGGGACCAGCUGUACUUGAGAUGCUGCAGGUACUUGUACAUUCAUGCACAUACUUUUUCCAGUGUAUUGGAUUAAAUAAAUAAAAUGUUAUAGAAAUGUGAGUUGCGUUGAUUCAGAUAGCAUGC